AUGGUAGACAAAAAUGAUGAUCUUGCUAAACUUAGUCUUUUAACAGAAGAUAUUUUACUUGAACAUUUAAAAGAACGAUAUGAAAGAGAUUUAAUUUAUACGUAUCUUGGAGAUAUUCUCGUAGCUGUCAAUCCAUUUAAUGAAACAAGUCUUUAUACUUCACAGAUUCGUGAUUUUUAUCGAUAUUCAACUGAUAUCCAUAAACCACCUCAUGUUUAUGCACUUGUUGAUCUUGUUUAUCGAAAUGUUUGUCAUGGUAUAUACGAGCGACAAUGUUGUGUCAUUAGUGGUGAAUCAGGUUCAGGAAAAACGGAAAGUACAAAAUUCUUUUUAAAACAAUUAAUGUAUUUAUGUGGUGGUAGUUCUCAAUUAGAACAACAAAUUUUACAAGCAACACCAUUACUCGAAAGUUUUGGUAAUGCACAAACUGUGAUGAAUAAUAAUUCAAGUCGAUUUGGAAAAUAUCUUGCUUUAAAUUUUAUUAAUGGCAAAGUUAUUGGUGCUCAAAUAAGUGAUUAUUUACUAGAAAAAUCACGUGUAGUAAUACAAAGUCCGGGCGAAAAAAAUUUUCAUAUAUUUUAUUAUUUAUUUGAUUAUCUCCCAUUUGAAAUCAAACAAAUGUUGUGUCUACGAACGAAAUAUGAUUAUAAAUAUCUUUUGACAAAUUCAUCGUUAGAUAUUCAAAAUAAUGGUUCUGUAAAUUCAUUAGAUGAAGUGAUUAACGCAAUGGGUUUGCUUAAUUUUACUGAUAAAAAAAAUUUUGAGGAACAACAUUCCAUGUUUCGUAUAUUAUCUGGUAUUUUAACUAUUGGUAACCUUGAAUUUUCUAUUGAUGAUGAAGGUUUUACACGACAAAAUUUCGAUGAAGAAAAAGUUAAGAAUAAUCUCGCAAUUAUUGCUAAUAUGUUUGGUGUUAAUUCUAAAUUAAUUAUGGAAUGUUUAACAACAAUGACAACAUUGACUCGUAAUGAAAGCGUUAUUAGAAAAUAUAGUUUACAAUCGAGUCAAGAUGCUCGUGAUGCUUUAUCAAAACAUUUAUAUGCACGUUUAUUUUCUUGGAUUAUUGGAAAAAUAAAUGAAACAUUAAAUAAUCCUUAUCCUAUUCAACAAUAUCAUCAUAUUGUUGAAAUUGGUUUACUAGAUAUUUAUGGUUUUGAACAUUUUGAAUUAAAUAGUUUUGAACAGUUAUGUAUCAAUUUAGCCAAUGAACAAAUACAAUAUUUCUUUAAUCAACAUGUUUUUCGUAUGGAAAUGACGGAGUAUGAAAGUGAAGGUAUCAUGGCUGAAACGUUAACAUUUACUGAUAAUCAAUCAUUUUUGGAACUAUUUAUGGCUAAACCAUUAGGAAUUCUUUCAUUAUUAGAUGAUGAAAGUCGACUUCCAAAAGCAACUGAUCAAACAUUUGUAGAAAAAUUAAAUUAUCAUUUUGGUUCAAAUAAACAUGAAUGUUAUUCAAUAAAGCGUAAUAAUAAAUAUUCAUUUACAAUUCAUCAUUAUGCUGGCAAAGUUUCUUAUUGUGCAUUGGGUUUUUUGGAAAAAAAUCGUGAUACACUAUCUGAUAGUGUUGUUGAUAUGUUUAAACAUAGUCAAGAUGAUCUUAUACGUUUACUUUUUCAUGGAAAUCCAUCCGAUGGAACUAUUAAUUCAAAUAAAGGACUUCAACAUCGAACAGCAGCUGAAAAAGAUGCUCGAAAUCGAUUAACAGUUGGUGCUCAAUAUCGAAAUUCUUUACAAAUUUUAAUGGAUCGUAUGUGUGCAUCACAUCCAGUAUUUAUGCGUUGCCUUAAACCUAAUCAAAAAAAACAAGCACAUUUAUUUGAUGAUACAUUUGUUCGUGCACAACUUCGUUAUUGUGGAAUGUUGGAAACGACUCGGAUUCGUAAAGAAGGAUAUUCUGUACGAUUAUCUUUCGAUGAAUUCAUACAAAAAUACGGUCUUUUAUCAAAAACUCAUUCAUCUGAUUUAUCAUCAAUAAAAUGUCGUCAUAUUCUUGAAGAAACAAAUUUAACUGAAUGGCAAUUAGGGAAAACAAAAGUUUUUUUAAAAUAUUAUCAUCCUGAAUAUUUGGAAAAAUUAAUGAAAAAAUAUCGACAAGCAGCAUUAUUAAUUCAACGAAGAUUUCGUGGUUAUAUAGCAAGAAAACAAUUUAAAAAAUUAAAAACAACUUCUAAAACAUACAAAAAUGAAGUUAAUCAUUUUUGUGUUAAUAUUGAAGAUAUUAAUAGUCGACUUAUUCAAACACUUACUCGACUUAAUGAUAAACUUCCAGGUAAAACAGCACCUGUUAUAAAUCAAGAAGAUGAUCUUCGACCUCGUCCACCAGUACGUGAAAGUUCACUUCAUCCAUCAUCACAUACUGGUAAUACUGGAACAUCUGGUAAAUGUUCUUCACCAACAACAAAAACUUCAUCAACAACAACAACACCGACAAAUACAUUAACAGCAAAUCAAUUAAUGGUUGAUUAUGAUUCAUUACUUUCCUAUUUAACACUUAAAUAUGGUUCACCUGGUGAACGAGAAUCUUGUUUAAGAUGGUUUCGUGAUACACAGUAUCCAUAUGUAUGUCAGAAGGGAACAUUUCCAAGUUGGUUUCAUGGAAAUAUUACUCGACAUCGAGCAGAAGAAUUAUUAGCAAAACAAUCAAUCGGUUGUUUUCUAAUUCGUCUUAGUGAAAGUCGUUUUGGUUUCUCAUUAUCAUUUAGAGCUGAAGAUCGAUGUCGUCAUUAUAUGAUUAAUCAAUUAAAAAAUUUGAAAUAUAAUGUUAUUGGUGAAGCAAAAGUACAUAAAUCACUUGAUGAACUUAUCGAAUAUUAUCGAACACAUGAAUUAUCUAAUUGGGAUGGUCAUUUAACUGAGCCAUGUAAAGCUGAUUGGUCACAAUAUGAUCAUGAAUCAUUAAUGCCUAUUCAAAAUAGUGUUAAGAGCCAAGCUCAUCAGCAUCAUAUUAAAAGUAUUCCAGCUCGACCUCAUACAACAUCAACAUUACCAAUAUCAUAUUAUGCAAAUCCACCAUUUCCAUAUUCAUCUAAAUUAUAUACAACCCGUCCAAUGAUGAUGAAUAAUUCAUUGAAUACUACAAUGAAAUUACCUAUUGCUAUUGUUCCACCAUUUACAAAAUAA